AUGUCAGAACGCCUGAAGGAUGUGAAGAACCUGGAGAACUUCCACCUGGUGGAGAGCGUGCAGGAGCAGGUGAACGCGGCACUGCUGGACUACGUCAUGUGUAACUAUCCUCAACAAUCGGACAAGUUCGGCCAGUUACUGCUGCGGCUGCCGGAGAUACGAGCCAUUAGUCUGCAGGCCGAAGAGUACCUCUACUACAAACAUCUGAACGGAGACGUGCCCUGCAACAACCUGCUCAUCGAGAUGCUGCACGCCAAGAGAGCUUAA